AUGAUGUCUUACCUCAAACAACCCCCAUAUGGAAUGAACGGACUGGGCCUGGCUGGGCCAGCCAUGGACCUCCUACAUCCUUCCGUGGGCUACCCGGCCACCCCGCGGAAGCAGCGGCGGGAGCGCACCACCUUUACACGCUCGCAGCUGGACGUGCUCGAGGCGCUCUUCGCCAAGACUCGCUACCCUGACAUCUUCAUGCGCGAGGAGGUGGCGCUCAAGAUCAAUCUGCCGGAGUCCAGAGUCCAGGUCUGGUUCAAGAAUCGCCGUGCCAAAUGCCGCCAGCAGCAGCAGAGCGGGAGCGGGACCAAGAGCCGCCCAGCCAAGAAAAAGUCGUCUCCGGUGCGGGAGAGCUCGGGCUCGGAAAGCAGCGGCCAGUUCACGCCGCCCGCUGUGUCCAGCUCCGCCUCGUCCUCUAGCUCGGGAUCCAGCGCCUCUGCCAACCCAGCGGCGGCAGCGGCUGCAGGCCUGGGCGGGAACCCGGCGGUGGCAGUCCCGUCGUCAUUGAGUACGCCGGCUGCCUCAUCCAUCUGGAGUCCGGCCUCCAUCUCGCCAGGCUCAGCGCCCGCGUCGGUGUCAGUGCCCGAGCCACUGGCCGCGCCUAGCAACGCCUCGUGCAUGCAGCGCUCGGUUGCCGCAGGCGCCGCCUCGGCCGCAGCCUCUUACCCCAUGUCCUACAGCCAGGGCGGCAGUUACGGGCAGGGCUACCCCGCGCCCUCCUCUUCCUACUUUGGCGGUGUGGACUGCAGCUCCUAUCUAGCGCCCAUGCACUCGCAUCAUCACCCGCACCAGCUCAGCCCUAUGGCACCUUCCUCGAUGGCCGGCCACCAUCACCACCACCCGCAUGCGCACCACCCGUUGAGCCAGUCCUCAGGCCACCAUCACCACCAUCAUCACCAUCACCACCAGGGUUACGGCGGCUCAGGGCUCGCCUUCAACUCUGCCGACUGCUUGGAUUACAAGGAGCCUGGCGCCGCCGCUGCUUCCUCUGCUUGGAAACUCAACUUCAAUUCGCCCGACUGUCUGGACUAUAAGGACCAAGCCUCGUGGCGGUUCCAGGUCUUGUGAGCCCAGGAAUGGAAGGAAGAGGAGAAGAAACGCAACUACCUGCGCCCUCCGUGGUCCCCGUCCUGUUGCUGCUGCUGUACCGCCCGCCUUUGCCUCGGCUUCUGCAGACCUGAAUUUUCAUGCCCCUAAAAGAUGCCCUUUGCCUGCACUGCCGCCCUCAUCCUGCCACUUUUUUGGGGGAUGUGCAGACCCGCCCACCCCUUGGAUGAGGGGGCCGGUGCCUCGGCUUGGCCCGCAAGUCCUAUAUGGGGAGAGCUGGGUGCUCUCCUCCUCAACUCCGAACGAACUCCUAAGCCACUCUCCUCCAGUCUUUCUUUCUGGGCAGUUGUUACGCACUUGCAGCCUUCGGAGGCUCUUUGCUCUAACUCGCUGUUUGAGCCCUACACUUUUAUUUAUUCUUUCUGGACACUGGAAUCACUAACUGGCAUGUGUCUGCCCAUUGGAGUGUACCCACACUCCACCCCAAAUCAAAACAACCACUGUUUCCCGCUUGCAGACUUCAGCUGCCCUCGGCCCCGCUCCCCGCCUGCAGGCCAGACCUUCCCGGCGCUUUCUCCUCCCCAGCGGGGU